UCUACAGAAAAAGAAACUGAGGCCUAGAAAGGGGACACGCGAAGCUGGGACGCGGCAGCUGACUCUGCGUCCAGUGCUCGGUCGGCCUCUCAGAGCUCCGGGUGAACACAUGCCCACCCCCACCCCCAGUCGUCCCCGGGCCUGGGAGUGAGGGGCUGGGCUCGGCCUCGGAAGACUCCUGACUCUGAGGCGCGCUUGGGGAUCUUCGGCUCGGACCCUGGAAGCGCCAAGCAGCUCCUGGGAGCGGAGAGAGCGCUCGGGGUUGUCACUUUAAAUUAAAGAGGGAGCGGGCGGGCGAGCGAGCGCAAGGGAGCGCGCGGCGGGCUCCUGGGAGCGUGCCCGGACUGCGGCGCAGCGCCCGACUGCCGUCCCGGCCAGGCCGAGCCCCCGGCCCGGCCGAGCCCCCGGCCCGCGCCGCGCUCCUCCCAGGCGGGCGCCCGGCGACACUGCAGGGGUGGUUCCGCCGGCGACCGCCAGGCUUGGCGCUGGUGCGUGCGCGCCGCAGGAGGCCGGCCGGGAGACGGGAGCCGGGAGCCGGAGCCCAAGCCGGAGCCCGAGCGGGAGCGGCGGCCCCUCCACAGAAGCGGGUGUCAGCCCCUGCAGCGGGCGCCAUGGCCGUGGACGUGGCCGAAUACCACCUGAGCGUCAUCAAGAGCCCCCCUGACUGGGAGGUGGGUGUCUACGCUGCUGGGGCCCUGGCAUUGCUGGGAAUUGCAGCUGUGAGCCUGUGGAAGCUCUGGACAUCGGGGAGCUUCCCCAGCCCCUCCCCGUUCCCAAACUAUGACUACAGGUACCUUCAGCAGAAAUAUGGUGAGACCUACGCAGAGGCCAGGCAGAAGAGAGUGCCUGCUUGGAACACCCAGCGGGCCAGCACUCGGGGGCCACCCAGUCGCAAAGCCAGCCUCAGCAUCGAGGACACCUUUGAGAGCAUCAGUGAGCUGGGGCCUCUGGAGCUGAUGGGCCGUGAUCUGGACCUGGCCCCCUAUGGGACCCUCCGAAAGUCCCAGUCAGCCGACUCCCUGAACUCCAUCUCUUCUGUGAGCAACACCUUUGGGCAGGACUUCACGCUGGGCCAGGUGGAGGUGAGCAUGGACUACGAUGCCGCCUCCCACACUCUCCACGUGGCUGUGCUGCAGGGCAAGGACCUCCUGGAGAGGGAGGAAGCCAGCUUCGAGUCCUGCUUCAUGCGCGUCAGCCUGCUUCCCGACGAGCAGAUCGUGGGUAUUUCCCGGAUCCAGAGGAACGCCUACUCAAUCUUCUUCGACGAGAAGUUCUCCACCCCCCUGGACCCUGCAGCCCUGGAGGAGAAGAGCCUGCGGUUUUCCGUGUUCGGCAUUGAUGAGGAUGAGCGGAACGUCAGCACCGGGGUGGUGGAGCUGAAGCUCUCUGUGCUUGACCUCCCGCUGCAGCCCUUCAGCGGCUGGCUUUACUUACAGGACCAGAACAAGGUGGCCGACGCCGUGGGUGAGAUCCUGCUCUCCCUCAGCUACCUCCCUACGGCUGAGCGCCUCACCGUGGUGGUGGUGAAAGCGAAGAAUCUCAUCUGGACCAGUGACAAGACCACAGCAGACCCCUUCGUCAAGGUGUACCUGCUGCAGGAUGGGAGGAAGAUGAGCAAAAAGAAGACGGCUGUGAAGAGGGAUGACCCUAACCCAGUGUUCAAUGAAGCCAUGAUCUUCUCUGUGCCAGCCAUCGUGCUCCAGGACCUGUCUCUCCGUGUGACAGUGGCCGAGAGCAGCGGUGAUGGCCGUGGAGACAACGUGGGCCAUGUCAUCAUCGGGCCGUCAGCCAGUGGCAUGGGCACCACGCACUGGAACCAGAUGCUGGCCACGCUGCGCAGGCCCGUGUCCAUGUGGCAUCCUGUCCGGCGAAACUAGCAGCCGGGGCAGGGCCAGGGUGGGCAUGGGAGCCUGGCACAAGCUUAGCUCUGACACCCUUCUCCAUAGUCCAGCUGGAGCCGUGAACGCUGGGGUCCCCCAGUGGAGUCCCCAUGCACCAUCUUGGUCCCUCUCUCCAGACUGCAGUGGUGGAGCAGGCCUGGCUAGAUGUCCAGGGACCCAGGGUUUUCUCUCACUGAGGACCGGCUGUGGCUGGGCCAGGACCUAGGGAGGGCAGCCAGGCACAGGCCUACCGCACUCCCAUUUUGAGAUCCCCAACAGGUCUAUGCCUCGGCCUCGGGGGGUCUUGGCCUUGCAGAGCUCCCCACACCCUACCCCUGUCGGGAGGCCACUCACAGAAACUGGGCGAGUCUUGGGGGCCAGCUGCGGUGCGAGGCACAGGCAGGGGUGACAUGAACAAGACACAGCCCCUAGGAUGUCGGGAAGACAAGGUCCCCCUGCCCCAGUGAUCUGCUCAGUGUGGAAUGGCGGCCCCACCAGGCGGACCUGGGGAGGGCUCUGGGGGCCGGGAGGACAAGAUGGGAGCUGUGCUGUGAGAGGCAGGGAGAGGACUGAGUAUAUCCCAGGCCAGUGGCCCAGCCUCAGCAUGGCAGGGGCAUGAACUUCGCUGUCACAAACACAGUCCUCAGCCUACUGUGGUGGACGCAAGGGCCUCUCUCCAAGCAGGAGGCAAGACUGAAGGACCAGGCCAAGCAGUGGCCCAUGGGCCACAAGGGACGCUGGCUCCAAGUCAUCUCCACGAAAUCUAAUCCCUAGAACUGUAACCCUUAUAAGGCCCAGGGGCCCAAAGAGGCCCAGACCCAUGCCCUUGUGUUCAGUCUCACACAUGUCAGGCAUUGGCUCCACAGCAUUUGUUGGAGUCCCUCCGGCCCAGGCCCUGUUGGGAAGAGAGAUGCUUCAGCCUCUGGGGGUGCUGGUGGGCAGUGGGGUGGCCAGAAUACAGACUGCCGGGGGCGUGGAGAGGCCUUUGUGGGAAGCAGGCACCCGGGAGGAUGUGGUGGGACAGGAGUCCCUUUGCUGGGCCUUGGAGGAAGGGCCAGCCUGAACAGUGGCAGGGAGGGGAAGUUCAGGGGGGUCAGGAUGGAGCUGGGGAGGCAGAUUUGAUUGCCAGACUGGGAAGGAGGUGGCUCUGGAGCACGGGUUCAAACCCCCAGGACACCAGGUGCCUAGGUUGAGUUCCAGAAACAGACCCUGAGGUUCUCAGGCAAGGGGUUAAUUGGGGCUGUGCCCUCAGGAGAAACCUGUUAGGGUCAAAGGGAUGGAGGGGUGGGGAGGUGGUGCAGCAACGUCUGCUCUAUGGGGCCGCCCACUGGUGAGAACCUGGGUUCUCAGGCUGGUGCACUAUGGAGACCUAGGCCCAAUCAAUUGUCCCCAGUGAUGUUGGGGGGCCCAGGGUGGUCAUGGGACUGGAGGCAGGACCGUGGCUCUCCCCACCUGACAGCUGCGGGCCAGCCCUGAGGCCAGGCUGCACCGUGUGGCCAGCACAUCAGGAGGUCUGCACACCGGGGACAUGCAGCUGGCGAGCCUCUGCAGCCUGGGAGAGCUGGCGCUCUUUCUACCCCAGCGGCUCCACAGUGCAGGCCGUUUCUUCCCACCUCCUCCUCCCUCUCUCUCUCCCUCUAACUGCAUGAAAUGUUGAUUGUGCACCUGGAUGGGCAUGGUGGGGACCAAGUAUGCUGACUGGAAUAAGUCUAGAACCAAAAUAAAGCUGGGGCAGGAAGGAGGGGGCUUCUGGGGAGCCCUGCUCGCCCCAAAUCACCUUCGUCUCCAGAAAUCAGGGACUCGGGCCUCCAUGUGGGUUGCUGCCAGUAUGCCUUCCUCUGCUGCCGGGUGCCUGGAGGAGGAGAAGGCCCCUGUCUGGUGGGGAUACCAUCACAGGGACCAGCACCAGCUGCUAGGGAAGCUCUGAGAAGGGUCCCCAGCCGGGCCUGGCCGGGAGAAUGGCAGUUCAGAAUAUCAGGAGGGCUUCCCAGCGGUGUCACUGAGCUGUCUUCAGGGCAAGAAGGAUCAGGCCAAAAGAGGUGGAUAAGACCAAAAACAAAAGCAUCCCUGGCAGAGGGAACAGCAUGUAGACAAGGCCGAGAGUGGGCAAAAACUUGGCCAAUUUACCAACCUUGCCAGUGCAAAGUUGGGGAGGAGGGGGAAAGGGAGCCAAGGAAAGGCUUGGGGGAAGCAGGGCCAUGUGAGUUCAGUGAGUGCGGUGCCUAGACUGCAACCCUGUAACCCUGCUAACUGAGACAAUGGUACUGCUGUCAGCCCCUUUUUUGCAGAUAUGGAAACUGA